AUGUUUUUAGGAUAUACGAAAGGUGUGCACACAUUUGUCGACUAUUGGGAGCUCGAAGACAAAAAAACAACGAGAAAAACAAGCCGAAAAAUAAAAACAAUGACGGUAAAGCCUAUUAAACACAAAUAUUCUGACACAAUUGAAACUUCGUGUACAACAAAUUUGGAACAAUUAAAAACUCGUUAUAUUCAUCGAGUUACCCUUAGAGGGCUGAGUGAAAAUAAAAGAUACGGUACUUUAUUUGGCGAAAAUUAAAUUUUUUUAAUUAAAAAUUUGACAGAAUAUCAAGUUGGAUAUUUCAAACCUUCCAAAAUUCGCGGGGUAGAGUGUACAAUCCCGCAAUCUUUUUCUGAGGGAAAAGAUCCUCGCCAUUGUAAAAAAGUGACAAGGAAAGACGUCUUCAAUUUCUUCAUGUUCCCUUGGUCAAACCCCGGCGAUUAUGAUUUUACAAUUGCAAUAUUUGGUGAUCUG